AUGGAACAUGAUCACGAUAAGUGCCGUAUCUGUUCAGUUAACCGUUUGGGUUGCAACCAGGUUCGAAGAGAAUUGCAAGAAUUGCUAGACGAAGGUACCAUUGAGAUUCUCCAGAAUCGCAAUGUUGACGAAGACGAACCUGAAGUUAAUGUUAUAUCUCUAGUGUUCAAGCUGCCAGAGCCUGUUGUUAUCCGCUACGAUAGCAGCAAGCCGAAGACUUCUCCUUCCCUUGUGAUUAAACCUGCCGGUCCCGUACCGUACUCAUCUGAUAAAGCUGUACCUUUCAGACAUAAUCCAGUUGUCGUGCAGGAUGGAGUGGAAGUGCCUUUGCCCUCAACUGCUGUUACAAAUAUUGCCGAUGUGAGCGGCUUGACCCGCAGUGGUCGAGUAUUCUCUGCACCCGCUAAAGCUCCCGUUGCUUCUGAAUCCGCUGAGCGUCCGGUUGGGACUGCGGUGAAUAUUCAGAAUCCGGCAUUUGAUGUUACCAGACCCUCCUCAAUACAGAAAACUCCUACUUCUUCUCAAUCCCUUGAUUGGACCGAGGAUUGCCAGAAAGCUUUCGACAGUAUCAAGGAAUAUCUGUCUGAACCUCCGAUUUUGUCUCCGCCUGUGGAAGGAAGACCUCUGAUUAUGUAUCUGACAGUCCUUGAAGACUCGAUGGGUUGUGUACUCGGUCAACAAGAUGAAUCAGGGAAGAAAGAAUUUGCUAUAUACUACCUCAGUAAGAAGUUUACUGAUUGUGAGUCUCGGUACUCUAUGCUUGAGAAGACGUGCUGUGCUUUGGUUUGGGCUGCUAAGCGGUUGCGCCAAUACAUGAUAAAUCAUACAACUUGGUUGAUAUCCAGAAUGGAUCCGAUCAAGUACAUCUUCGAGAAGCCUGCUUUAACUGGGAGGAUUGCCCGUUGGCAGAUGUUGUUGUCUGAGUAUGAUAUUGAGUAUCGAGCUCAGAAAGCUAUCAAAGGUAGUAUCUUGGCUGACCAUUUAGCGUACCAGCCGAUUGAAGAUCAUCAGUCAAUUCAGUAUGACUUCCCUGAUGAGGAGAUUCUGUAUUUGAAGAUGAAAGAUUGUGAUGAGCCUACACUUGAUGAAGGUCCGGAACCUGGUUCCAGAUGGACGAUGGUGUUUGAUGGCGCUGUUAAUCAGUAUGGAAACGGAAUUGGGGCAGUGAUUGUUACUCCUCAAGGUACCCAUAUUCCUUUUACAGCAAGGCUAACUUUCAAAUGCACGAAUAAUAUGGCGGAGUACGAAGCCUGUAUUAUGGGACUUGAAGAAUGUAUUGAUUUGAGAAUCAAGCAUCUUGAUGUAUAUGGUGAUUCGGCCCUAGUUGUUAAUCAGAUCAAGGGUGAAUGGGAGACGAAUCAGCCGAGUCUCAUUCCAUACAGAGAUUAUGCGAGAAGGAUUUCAACUUUCUUCACAGAAGUUGACUUUCAUCAUAUUCCUCGAGAGGAUAAUCGGAUGGCAGAUGCUCUUGCUACGCUUGCCUCCAUGAUCGUUGUAAAAUAUUGGAAUGAAGUGCCUAAUAUUGUUGUGAUGCGCUUGGAUAGACCAACUCACAUAUUUGCGAUUGAAGAAGUGAAUGAUGACAAGCCUUGGUAUUUUGAUAUCAAGAAUUUCCUCCAGAACCAGGUCUACCCGCCUGGGGCAUCUGUGAAAGAUAGGAAAACUUUGAGAAGGUUGUCAGGCAGUUUCUACCUCAGUGGUGAAGUGCUGUAUAAGAGGAAUUUUGAUAUGGUUUUGCUCAGAUGCGUGGAUAGACAC